AUGUCAUGGCCUCGCCCAGACCGUGAGCUGGGUCGCCGUGGCGGAUCCGCGAGGCCGUGGGCCAGUGUCAAGGUUCGCCGGCGGCGCAAAUGGAUCACAAGGCGUGGGAGCACCGCGGCGGGUGGCUUGCUGAUGGCGGUUCCACGGCCGGCCCAGACCUACUUCUCUUUGUCUCUUUUCCGCGGCUUUUUGUCCAAGCCCACCACUUCCUGCUCCCAACCCGAGACACCCACCCCGACCUGGCAACCUCGCACUUACUUGCUGGCCAACAUCCCCUACUCUUCGACGACGACAAACACUGCCCGCCACCAAACAUCCCAUCCUACCGCCCAAGAAACCUUGAAAUAG